ACAUUUUUUCUUGUUUAGUUUGCAUGCAUUUUUACUCGCUUAUUUUCCAAUCAACCUAUAUUGUUCAGUGCAUAAGACAAUAUAAGAGACAAUACAUCAUAUUUGAUCGUGCAGCCAUGUAUAUGGACUGAUUUGCCUGAAACCUACAAAAUGUUAAGGAAUAAAAUUAAAAUAAUUCGGACUCAUGAUCCCUUUGUUUGUAUAGGCUAAAUGUUUUCAUCAGAAGCCUAUAGGCUAACUUUCAUUGGCGUGCUCGAUUUGUUAGUAGUGUAGGCCCACCUAUCUUUCUUAGGAUUUUGCGUAUGCCCACCUAAAAUAAGUAAUGAUACGUAUGGCCACCACUACAACGAGUAGGCUUUUGACCCGGAACUUUUUCAAUCUAAUAACGCGAUGCAAGCACCGUUGAGUGAAGUGUGUGUGUGUGUGUGUGUGUGUGUGUGUGUGUGUGGGCAGGUUUAAGUGGUUUACGAGGACUUUUUUUUUAGGUUACAAACUAGUAAUUACAAGGGUAUUAUGCUAUAAAUGUGGUUUAUGAGGACAUUUCUAGUGUCCCCAUAAUUCAAAUCACUUAAAAAAACAUACUAAACAAUGUUUUAUUGAAAAUGUAAAAAUGCAGAAAGUUUUUUGUGAGGGUUAGGUUUAGGGGUAGGGUUAGGGUUAGGGGAUAGAAUCUAUAGUUCGUACAGUAUAAAAAUUAUUAUGUCUAUGGAGAGUCCUCAUAAUGAUAGCUGCACCAAUGUGUGUGUGUCUGUGUGUGUGUGUGUGUGUGUGGGUGUGUGUGUGUGUGUGUGUUAUUAGUAGUAGUAUUAGUAUUAGUAUUAUUUUUAAAAGUGUACAGAGAUUCUCUCUAAACGCGCACGGAGCAGCGGGAGUGCAACUGAUGGCAUAGGCAAGACAGACAGUCCGACAAAUCUAAUCCACCAAGAUGUACGGUCCCUCAUAAAUUCACAGUAUGCCCACCUCUUCAGACACUAAUACACCACUGAUCAAGAUCAUUAAGUGUGUCCUCUUCUCAGCCAAUAUUGGAUCACCUCGAGCUGAAGUUAUGAUCAAUAAACCUUCAGCAGAUGGCACUCUAAUGCUAUAGUAUUUCACACCAGACAAAAGCGCUAGAGAGAUACGAGCCCUUUUCUCACACUGCUGCUGCUGGAUUUGGACACACACCACGCACACACAUGAACAUUUGCCCAACCUCUGUCUCUCACAGCGUACAGGCAGCACAAGUAGCCUACAGAGGCAUACAGUGCCGCAGUUAUCUAAACUAGAGUCUACAGUGCUCAAUAGAGAUCUGACCACAUGGAGAGGCUGACGCACAGCACAAAGAAGUUGCGGGAAAGGCAUUGGAGCACUUAAUACAAUACGAUUUUAUUAUUAUUAUUAUUAUUAUUUUACGUAAACUACUUAUUGUGCACGUAUAAAUAAAUUGGGAAAGACAACUACAGAAAAAAAUCUUCACUCGAAGACCGCAAAUGAAGUUACUGAUCAAGGAGGUACCAUUAAAUUUACCCGGAGGUCUAUGGACCAACACUGUAAAUGUGUGGAUCCUUCAGUGCCGCGCGUAAAUAGACUGGCGUGAAACUUGGAGAGACCCAAAUUGUUCAUCUACCGAUUGUGGCUUGCGCAGCCAUGUCUGUAAUCCGAAGAAAAUUCGGUGAAGACUAUCAGGUGGUGAACACCAACCGGGGCAUGUCCUUUUCUGCCCCGGCCAAAAGAAAGCGCCAGCGGUUCGUGGAGAAAAACGGCCGCUGCAACGUCCAGCACGGUAACCUUGGCGGAGAGACCAGCAGGUACAUCUCCGACCUCUUCACCACGCUCGUGGACCUAAAGUGGCGCUGGAACCUGCUCAUUUUUCUCCUGACGUACACCGUCGCGUGGCUCAUCAUGGCAUCAAUGUGGUGGAUCAUCGCCUACAUCCGCGGAGACCUCGGGAACGGCCACGACGAGUCGUACACCCCGUGCGUCGCCAACGUUUACAACUUUCCCUCCGCUUUCCUGUUCUUCAUUGAGACCGAGGCGACUAUAGGUUACGGGUUCCGAUACAUCACGGAGAAGUGCCCAGAGGGCAUCAUACUUUUCCUCUUCCAGUCCCUCUUGGGCUCGAUUGUGGACGCGUUUCUCAUCGGCUGUAUGUUCAUUAAGAUGUCUCAGCCCAAGAAACGCGCAGAGACGCUCAUGUUCAGCCAGGACGCGGUCAUCUCACAACGGGACGGGAAGCUUUGCCUUAUGUUUAGAGUCGGGAAUCUCAGGAAUAGCCACAUGGUUUCUGCGCAGAUCAGGUGCAAGCUUAUCAAGUCUCGUCAAACCCCCGAGGGCGAGUUUCUCCCAUUGGAUCAGCGGGAAUUGGAUGUGGGAUUCGGAACGGGUGCUGACCAGCUCUUCCUUGUCUCACCCCUCACGAUAUGCCAUGAGAUCAAUUCCAAGAGCCCCUUUUUUGACCUGUCCCAGCGCUCCCUCAUGAAUGAGCAGUUUGAGAUUGUUGUCAUCUUGGAAGGCAUUGUGGAAACCACAGGCAUGACAUGUCAGGCACGAACAUCUUACACAGAGGAUGAGGUGCUGUGGGGUCACCGCUUCCUACCCGUCAUGUCGCUGGAGGAGGGAUUCUUCAGGGUCGACUACUCACAGUUCCACAAUACGUUUGAGGUGCCCACUCCUCCAUACAGUGUGAAGGAACAGGAUGAGAAGUCCUCCCUGCCCUCCCCUAGUCCUCUUCUCUCCCCUACGGUGCUUGAUGGACGCAGUCACAGAGAACGGAUCUUCUCCUUAGAUGGAGUUCCCCAAGCUGAAGAACAAAUGUCCAAAUUACCUAGCAAGCUCCAGCGUAUAAGCUCUAAGAAUGGGAAAGAGGUCCUCAAAACUGGAAGCUCUCAGGUAACAGAAAAGGCCUCCAGCACGGGUGACCUGCCUCUCAGAGUGCAGAGGCUGGGCUCGCUGGUGGGUCAGGGGGAGGCUGAAAAUCAGCUCCAGCUCAAAGCUAUAAAGAUGGAUCCAGCAGCCCACACCCGGUCGGCCGGGGAACUCGAGCAUCACAGACUACUUCCAAUGCCUGCUCCAGUUCCAGGGCCCAACCUCAACCCAUUGCCUGAGUCCAGUGGAUGGCCAGAAGACAAUCUUCCCCCUAAAUUACGUAGAAUGAAUGCAGACCACUGAAUUACUGUCCAGUUUAUUGAGUCUUAUUUAAACUCUUUCUGACACAGAAAUGAACAUUGAGGAAUAAGAGGUAGAUAUGGCUCUCAAAAUCAUUUAAUUAUUUGAAUAAUAUUUAUUUAAAAGGGACUUUACUGUGAUUCUUUCUCUCAAAGUGUAUGAAAGAGCUAUGUCUCUUUGUUCAAUCGAACUCAUUGCCUUUUGCAGACUUUGCCCUCAGUUGCACUACCAGUCAAGUUUGGACACAUUUGACAUAAUUUAUGUAAGUCAUGAUCCUAAAAAUCUUUUGAUUUAAAUGCUUAUGCUUAAUUUCUUGAAAUAGUUUUGUAGACAAGCAAAAUUUUUGCAAAUUUCUUUACUUUUUCUUAAAAACUUAAUAUAUAUAUAUAUAUAUAUAUAAUGCCCUGCAUGGGAACACCUUCAAUACUGUUUAAAAAGCAUCAUAGGGAGAUACCUCAUAAAGAUGGUUAAGGAAAUGCCAUAAUCUAGUGUGCAUAGUUGAAAUCUAGGCAAAAAGUGACUACUUCUAAGAAGCCAAAAUUUUAGAUAGUUUUUAUUUGUUUAACAUUUCUUGGUCAAUGCAUACUUCAGUUUGUGUUAUACUAUAGUUUAAUAAUGAUAGAGUCUGUGUCCACAACUUGACUGGUAGUGUACAUGAGAAUUGUAGAUGUUCUGAAUUCAAUUUGAAUUUCAAUAAAUAUGUAAUGUAGAUAUUUAAAUAUUUGAUAUGAAUUAAGCACCUUUAUGGAAUUAUAAACACAAAAUAUUCACAUAUAUAUAUUUGAUUAUUUAUACAAGUUAUUUAUCAAGUAUUUAUGUAGAGGAAUGUUUACUGUAUGUACAGGCUUUUAAUGUUCAAAGCAUUUUGUCACAUUUCACAGAAUGUUUUUUUUAAUAUAUAUAUAAUUUUUAUAUAAUUUCUCUGGUAUUGUUACAGGGGCUGACAAUGUGGGCACAAGAUAACAAUUACUGCAGUUCAUCAACACAGGACAAUUUUGAUAAUCUUAAUAAUUUCAUUAUUCAUCUCUAAACUACAAUACAAUAAAAUUACUUAGAAAACAUUAAUUUGGUGUUCCUGGUUGGCAUCUGAGGAAGGUUAAAGGAAUAGUUCAUCCAGAAAUGAAAAUUUCCUUCCAUGGAACACAAAAAUGAAUGUUAGGGACUGACCGUCACAGUCACCAUUUACUUUCAUUGUAAGGAAAAACAAUGACAUUAAAAAGAAUGGUGAUUGAGGCUGUUUGUCCCUGACAUCUCCUUUUGAGUUCCGUAUACAUAUAGAAGUCAUACAGGUUAAGGAAUAAACGGGUCAACUAUCCCUUUAAAAGAAAAAGUCAAUUAUGGUGCUGAGACAUGCAAACCAAGGCAUGUUACAUUUAGCAAGUAAGUGAUCUUGCAAUCAGGUUAUCUGCAUUAGGUCCCAUCUGCAUUUAGGGCCCAGAGACCUGUGCAUGCACAACAGCUACCACUAAUCAUCAUCUCCAUGGAAACCUCCUGGCCUGUACCUCAGGCUGUGGGCGGAAGUGAAAAUAAUUCAAUUUGUCUACAAGAAGAAAUAACUCACACUCAGUGCACAGACAUGCCAUAAAAACGUCAUUACUCUUAAUUGUGAAUGCACAGAGGUUCUGUCACAUUGUUCAUUAUCAAUGCAAUUCAUUUUUGAGGAAACACAGCAGUGACCAGAGGGAAUGUGAAAUAUUAGUACAGUUUAUUCUGGGGGGCAUGCAGCGAGGAAUGCAUUUAAUCCCCAUUAAUACACAAAAUAAGCAAUUACACAGAGAAAAAUAAAACAAGAUGACUAAUGCAAAGAUCUAAUAAUUAAGUGUCCCCAUAAAUAAGUAUAUCUGCUACAAGAAAUAUAUUUACAUUGAACAGAAAAAUUAUAGUUCAAGGCACUUCUUCCGAUACACACAUUUGAAAAAGCGUUAUUUUAAUUUGGCUCAUCACACAUGGACAUUAAGAAAAGUGGAAUAAAAAAAAAAAAGCUGCUGAGUUCAGAAUGACAUACUACUCUUACUAUUUCUAUUAUAUAAAUAUAUCGCAGAACUAGUAUGAGUAGUAUGGUAACCAUUUCUAAAAAAUGUUAUUCUACUUUUUUAAUAUCCAUGAGUAAAGUCUUCAGAGUGUGUCAGGGCAUGUGAAAAGACAGCAGGUGUCCUAUUGGAAUUCUGAAAAUGUCUUUUUUUUUUUGUUUGUUUGUUUUUUAUGCAGUAUAAUUAAUUAAAAUGGGAAAGAAAAGAAAAAGUUGUCUCAACUUAAUCAUUAAGUUAACACAAUGCAAUCUUUUUUGUCAUCUUAACUUAAAAUUGAAAGGAAGCGGGGUAACUAAUGUUAAUGUAACCCCGUUACACAACUCAUCCAAGUUAAAACAAAAAAUUUUUUUUAUCAAGUUGACAUUGUUGCCACAGCAAAACAUUUGUUGACUAGACUAGGAAAUAUUAGUUGUCAACUUAAGUAAAUCCACCAUUUUAACUUUUUUUAAACGUUGACUCCACUUCAUGAUAAAGUUAAUUCAUCAAGAAUUUUACUGUUAAGUUAAAUAAAAAAAUAAAUAAAAAAACUUUAAAACAUUUUUUUUAAAGUUGACUCAACAAAUAGAUUUUUACUGUGUAGUACAAGGGAUGAAGAAGAAAUCUUAAAGGGGAUAUGUUUAUUUAAGUAAAAAAUUACAAUAUGCAAAAGAAAAACAACAAUUGUAAAAAAACUACAAUGUAAAAAUGUUUUGUCAGGUAACCUACAAAUGCGCUUUAAUUAACUGGUUUAUAAAAUGUGAACAUUUUAUUUAAUCAAACUUAACUUCCCUGACAAAUUAGAUUACUCCAACAAAAGUAAUUUAUUAAUUUAUGGAUUAGAUCAAGUAGAAUUAUAUCCUUGAGGUAACAAGCACAGGUUAAAUGUAUUUAAUUUUUUUCUGUGUAUAUACUUCAUAUGAGUAUAUACUUAUAUUUCAGUGUUACACAUAAAGUACGGUAAUAACUGAAAAGAAAUACAAUUCUAAACAAACAAAAAAAACAACAACAACAAAACAAAACAAAAAACUAACUCAACUCUUCAUUUAAACCAGUAAAGGUUGUGGCCUUUAAAUGAAAAAGUUUAUCUAUUAUCUGGUUUACCUUGGAGUCAAAUUGCAACAAAAUACAAAUUUCAUAAUCACAAAAUCACUGUAAUAUCCAUAAAGUGAUUUUCUGCUUGUCCUGUUUUAUAACUUUAUUUAAU